CCGGUUGUCAUCAUGGCCCGUGGAAAUCAACAAGAACUUGCCCGCCAGAAAAACAUGAAGAAAUCCCAGGAAAUUAGUAAGGGAAAAAGAAAAGAGGAUAGCCUGACUACUUCUCAGAGGAAACAGCGGGACUCUGAGAUCAUGCAACAAAAGCAGAAGGCAGCCAAUGAGAAGAAGUCUAUGCAAACAAGAGAAAAAUAAUGACUAUCUGGAAAACCUGGGUGCUACUGCUAGCUAGGUGUAUCAUAAGCUCUAUGAUCAAGAUUUUGUAGAGUGAACAGUCAGUGCAUAUGUUAUAUCCUUAUAAAACUAUUUUAAACUUUUCCUUCCAACCUGACUUAGUGUGAUGUUUCAGAACCAUUCUUCAAAGAAUAAAACACUAACCAUGCAUAUGGA